CUGUGCAACUGCCUAUGUCCUCCUGGCUGAGGAAGAAGCAACAACUAUUGUAGAUGCUGAGAAGUAUUUUAAACAGGCUCUGAAAGCAGGAGAAACAGUUUACAGAAAGUCUCAGAACUGCCAUUCCCAAAGUCCCCAGCAUGAAGCACAGCUGAGAAGAGAUACCAAUGUACUGGUAUAUGUGAAAAGGAGGCUAGCUAUGUGUGCAAGAAAACUUGGAAGAAUAAGAGAAGCUGUAAAAAUGAUGAGAGAUUUAAUGAAAGAAUUUCCACUUCUCAGCAUGCUGAAUAUUCAUGAAAACCUCCUGGAGGCACUGCUGGAAUUACAGGCCUAUGCAGAUGUCCAGGCAGUUUUAGCUAAGUAUGAUGAUAUUAGUCUUCCAAAAUCAGCAGCAAUAUGUUACACAGCAGCCCUUUUAAAAGCCAGAGCUGUUUCAGAAAGGUAA